GAUUGAAGACCUUAAUAUUAAGGUUGAGCACUGAAAUUUCAAGUCAAUUUAUGAGCCUAAGAUGGAUGAUUUGGUUAUUCAACUUGAAGCGACUACAACAUCACUAUCACACCAAAAAGAUUUGUAUCUUAAAUAAGAUUGAGACUGAUUUUGAACUUCUGAAGAAGAUAAUUGAGAUCAAGAAGGAAAAAAUUCUCACUGAAGUGUCCCAAUGCUAUGACUCCUCUAUUGAGAAGGCAAAAGGCAUGGUAGAAGCUUUAAAGCUGCUUAAAUAAGCGAUCUAAUUUCAUGGAGAAGCUCUCAAAACACUCCUUGGAGGAGCAAGCCAUUAUAAAACGUUAUAAGACUAAUAAUCUGUUCCAAAUCAUAAGAAGCGUUGUGAAAAGAUCUGAGCUGAAUAGUAUAGAUCAGGUUGAUUUGACAGAAAGUCUCCUUUUGUUAGAUCCUAAUACCCUGAGCGACGUCCACCGGAUCAUUGACGAUAUUAAAUUUGCUCCAAUUUCACAGACCUAUCUCAGUAAAAUCAGAGAGUUAUUCACAAAAUCAAGUAUUUUAAAAGAGAGUCUCAUAACUCCUGAGUUUGCAGCAAUGCUUCCCAAACUACGCUCUAGUGAGCGCUUAUUCCAACUGACCAGAGAUGGGCCCAACCCAUUUAUAUUUCAUGAGAAGUGAGAUAACAAAGGACAGACAAUUGUUUUAGUCAAACUGCUGGACGGACACAUCUUUGGCGGUUACAACCCAACGAGUUGGAUAAGUGAGUAUGUGUAUUCUAAGUGUGAAGAUGCCUUCCUCUUCUCUCUGACUAAUGGAAAAGGCCGUAAAUGAAUUAAAUGUCCCAUUGAACGGCACAAAUCGGACAAAGCUAUAAAGCAGAAUAAGACUAAGUAUAGUCCUGGAUUUGGGGAAGCUAAUAACAGCGAUCUCUUCAUUGCUUUCAGGAAGCUGGAUAACAGCUAUAGCAGGCUCGGUAGUGAAACAGGCUGGGAUAUUGUGGAAGUUGAGGUCUGGAGCAUCGGAUAACUGAGAUAUAAAGUUUCAUUUUCAGUUA